CUCCCUGACAAAUCAUAUGAGGUAAUGCAAGUAUGCAACUGUGUCAUGCUAUGCAAUUUUCAUUCAUAUUGCAUACAAGGAUGCAGUGAUGAUCAAUGCUACUGUAGAAAAGAAUUAAGUUACAGAAACAGCAUGAAGGAUAACCAUUAAUGCAUUUAGAAAACUGUUUGUCGAUCACAAAACACCAAUUUCCCACCUUUCUCACAAAGCCCUUGUUCUCCAAUCGAAUCAACCAUCUUUCCAUAGCUGUACGUCAAUGGCAUCUUCCCCAAAACCCUAUGAAACUCUUUUAUACAAUCUCCUCUCCUUCUUCUAUGACCCUUUUUCCUACUACUCAACCCCACCGCCACCUCCUCUCCCGCCGCUCUCAAUCCCCGCCCCCGCCGCCUUACACCUUCGUUCCUGGCGUCCCCCCAAUCCCUCACCCUUUUAGCCCCGACAAGAACCGGUCCCAUACCCGUCUUGUUUGCUGCAACGAAAUUCAUCAGUAUGUCUUCGCAAUUCCUCAUCUCAUCCACGAUUGAUCUCGCCUGCGCCAUUGAUUCACCUCCUUCGCAGCUGUACUCGUAUAAAUACUCCGUUUUCAUUAACAUGAACUUUGUGAGUAAGAUCGAGUAGCGAUUGGGGUGGACGGUGUAAAUCCAUGUACGGCUGGUGAGGUCUAGCUCGUGAGAUCUGGCGAACAGCCCCACGAGUUGUUCUGGAUUGUUCGAGCGACUCCUCCAGAUCUCAAAAGCGAAUUGGAUCGAUUUUGGGUCGACCUCGAUGUCGUCGUCGCAGAUUAGGACGGCGCGUGUUGAAAUCCAUGGGCGGGGAAGGAACCGGGCGUUGAGACUAGACGACGGUUGUCGGAUAACUGAGAUCGGCGCGUCUCCAGGAGACGAGAUCGAGAGGUUAUGUGAGAGUUCCACUAGGGUUUUUGCGGGCGUUGUAGGGUUUCCCCAUAACACAACCACGGCAGCUACAGACGGAGAACUUGAAUACACUCCGGUGACUGUCCGCAGGAUCGGAAUGCGUGAUUCCGAGUAGCCGUUAAUCAACACCGUGAAUUGAUCUGAUCGGAGAGCUUGUGGGGACGGUAGGCGCGUAAGGUCACAGUAAUGAUCACCGGAAAGUAACCGGAGGGAGAAAACGAUGAAGAGGCGUGACGAAGCGACGGCGAUGAAGAUGAAUAUGACUUUACCAGUGGUCAUUCUUCAUUUAUUUCCGAAAGUGACACUAGUAAUGAAGUAAAUUUACAUUUAUAAAAAGCAAUGAAAAAGGAUGGUGGCACUUGCGUAAUUUGUUCGCAACUAUAAGGUUGAAUUUUUGGCUUUGGUGGGUGGUGGGUGUUCUCCAUUUUCACCCUUUAAAAUCUUUAUCCUCAAAGGAGGAAGAAGCAACAAAAAUGGCGUUUUUGGGUGUAACCAAGCUGCCAUUGAUGCCUCUGAUUUCUUUGAAUUCGAACAGGUUUUCAAAGCCCAUCCAUUGCACUUCUCUUCAACAACAGGGUAUAAAGAUUGAUGGGGGCAUUGAAUGUGAACCUUGUGAUGGGAGAGGAUGGUUGAUUUGUGAUUUUUGUAAAGGGCAAAAGACUAAUGUGAAAUCUGAAAACAAUCGUAUCUAUCGUAGAUGUCCAUCUUGUAGAGCUGUUGGGUAUGUGUUGUGUUCCAAGUGCAAAGUUUUCAAAUGUGUUACUUUCCCUGAUCAAAGUGAUGGCGAAAGCUGAAACCUUUUGGGAUCAAUGUUGUUCUUCCAUUGUCUUGCGAAAGGUGACAAGAUUUGAUAAGUAACCUAUCAAGAUGAUUAAAAAGACUCAAUUGGUUGGUUUAGCAUGUUAGAUGCAUGUCUUGUUAAGAACUCUUCAUUUAUAAUGUUACAACUUGACCCAUUAAUGAUAGGAAAAAAUGGAUCCAAAUGCAAUCAAUUCUAAAACCGAAACUCUUAUUUUGUUGGUAGUGGUAUAAUGUUAAAAUUGACAAUGACAAAUGGGAAAUUGUAGUCGAUUAAUGGUCUAACCCCGACUUUUUUUUUUUUGUUGGUUGACAUUUUCCCAUCGACCUUAUAAUGAGACAUAAUGAGAUGAAUCGUUUGUGUGCUUCUAAUUGAUUUGGUUGAUGUGUAUUGAGUGUACACGAGAGCUGCUAUAACUCAUGGCUAACAAAAGGGUUAGUGAUAAAGUGUAAUCUAGCUACAAUUAUGGUCUAGCACACCCUCAUACGUGAAGAUCAUAGCAAUGAUGAAAAUGUCAAAAUUUCUGAAGAAGAUGGCCAAACAAAAUGUAACAAUGUCUGAUUGGGCAUGACCUUUGACCUCCACUCGAGCGAGCCGUGCAAGAAAUCAAGAAAAGUUGACACAAUAUUUCACUUCGUUGAGUGGAUUUUCCUACAUAAUUUGACUUGGUUGAGUGCGACCAUAAAGUCGGAUUUGAGCCUUUAAAUAACCCCAUUAGUUCAUUAUUGUUGCAUCUCGACUUUGACCGCAAGGAAACUCAAUUUUUAUGCGAAGAAUCAUCGAGAAAGCAUUUGGAAUCAAUGAUUUCGUAUUUUUCAUCGGUUAAUUACGCAUUACAAUUGACUAUGGAAUCAAUGAUUUCGUAUUUUCCGGUUUUUGUUUUACAGUUG